CCUCUCCCUCUCUCCCUCUCUCUCUCUCUCUUUCCCUCUGUGAGCGCUUAUUUUCUCCGAGGAACCUGACUGUAGUCGAGAUGCCGCUGUGAGGGCAGAAUGGCAGCGGGACGACUACUGCUCUACGCUGGUCUCUCCAUGGCCCUGUGCGCUCUGGGCAUGUUGGCCGUCGCCAUCUGCUCCGACUACUGGUACCAGACCGACGCCAGGAGGUACCGGGACAGGUGCAAGAACUUCAUCAACCGGAGCAACCACCCGGGCUUCAUCUACACCUCCAACAACCUGCCGCUGAGGGCGAGCCGGGCCAGGCUGGACCGCUGGGAGCAGAAGCUGCUGCUGACCAGGAACCGCAGGCAGCUCUUUGCCAUGAGCGCGGCCGACGAGUGCGGUCGGAUGUACAAUUCCACCAACACCGGUCUCUGGAGGAAAUGCCACCAGUUCGGCUUUGACCAAGACAUCGCGGAGUUCAUCGCCAAAGGUGUGAUAGCCAGAUGUACGCCAAUCAAAUAUCACUACUCCUCCACAACUAUCCCGAAAAACCUUUCAUACAACAUCACAAAAACUAUCCGCCAGGAUGAGUGGCACUCCUUGCAUCUGCGCAGAAUGACAGCUGGAUUCAUGGGAAUGGCAGUAGCCAUCAUCCUCUUUGGCUGGAUAAUCGGAAUCCUUGGUUGCUGCUGGGAUCGGGGACUGAUGCAAUACGUGGCUGGUCUGCUCUUUCUGAUGGGAGGAACCUUCUGCAUCAUCUCACUGUGCACCUGUGUGGCCGGAAUUAACUUUGAACUCUCCCGCUACCCCAGAUACUUGUACGGUCUUCCCGACGACAUCAUCCACGGUUACGGCUGGUCCAUGUUCUGCGCUUGGGGUGGCCUGGGGCUGACUCUCAUUGCUGGAUUCUUCUGCACUCUGGCACCUUCUGUCCAGACCGUCCCCAGGACAAGCUGCCCUAAAUCCAGGCCAGAAAAUGGGACAGUGUGCUAAGAUGUCGGGAGCAGCACAGACCCAGAAGUUAACAGGUCAAGGGUUGUUGCUUGGUGCUCGCUUGAUGGACCUUGAAUGGUGCAAGCUGGCAAUUAUCCAUCAGCAAAUCCUCGCCAGUGUAAAAUCCUAGACUUACCUGUUAGUCUUAUUCCUCUGAACGAGGAAGAACUCUAUGUAUAUCCUGUAUCUAUACUGUUGCGUUCUGUUGGAGUUGCUGGACUGUCCAGUAAAGGUUGCACUGCUGCUGAACAGCAUCGGUCAGUAAGCUCAUCAUGGUGGACCUGUCUCAAGUUUAUCUGCUCUAGUCUACAGAUCUCUUCCAUUAAAAUUCAAAAUCUUUGUGUGUGACUUUUCAUGUUUCAGAGUAUUUAAUUGGAUUCACUUUCAUACAGAUUACGUGCGUGCGCGUGUGUUUUACGAUCAGUGUAUAUUGUGAAGCUGUAAUUUUUUUUCCCGAAGGAAUAAAGUGUACUGUAAUCUGAAUUUAAAAAAAACGGGGUGAAUUUUACAUUUAUAACAUGUGAGAAGGUUCUUCAUUUUGAGCAAUUUCUUUCAAACCCUCUCCCCUCUCCCCGUGCCUCCUCUGCCAUACACAGUGACCAGUCACUGCGAUAUGUCUUCAUUGGUGCUAACAGCCCGCAGAUCUCACCUUUGAGAUCUGGCCGGCACAAACGCACAGCCAUCAUUUUCAUACGUUGUUAAAGCUUUGCUGCUCUCAUGGUCUAUUGUAUCAUUUCUCAAUCACAUGACUCUUCUAGUAACUAUCCCCUUUUCAAAAUGCUCUAUGGAAAGUAAGAAUGAAGAACCUCAAACGAUGAAUAAAAUGGCU